AUGCCAUCCUGGGAUUUUGCUUCUUUCUCUCUUUUUACAACAGCCUCCUCCUCUCUCUUGUUUGCCAUUACCUCCUCCCUUAUUGCAACAGCCUCCUCCUCUCUCUUGAUUGCCAUUACCUCCUCCCUUAUUGCAACAGCCUCCUCCUCUCUCUUGUUUGCCAUUACCUCCUCCCUUAUUGCAACAGCCUCCUCCUCUCUCUUGUUUGCCAUUACCUCCUCCCUUAUUGCAACAGCCUCCUCCUCUCUCUUGUUUGCCAUUACCUCCUCCCUUAUUGCAACAGCCUCCUCCCCUCUCUUGUUUGCCAUUACCUCCUACCUUUUUGCAACAGCCUCCUCCUCUCUUGUUUGCCAUUACCUCCUACCUUUUGCAACAGCCUCCUCCCCUCUCUUGUUUGCCAUUACCUCCUACCUUUUUUGCAACAGCCUCCUCCCCUCUCUUGUUUGCCAUUACCUCCUACCUUUUUGCAACAGCCUCCUCCCCUCUCUUGUUUGCCAUUACCUCCUACCUUUUUUUGCAACAGCCUCCUCCCCUCUCUUGUUUGCCAUUACCUCCUACCUUUUUGCAACAGCCUCCUCCCCUCUCUUGUUUGCCAUUACCUCCUACCUUUUUGCAACAGCCUCCUCCCCUCUCUUGUUUGCCAUUACCUCCUACCUUUUUGCAACAGCCUCCUCCCCUCUCUUGUUUGCCAUUAUCUCCUCCUAA